AUGACACUCGACUACCGCAUCUGGGAGAUCACCGACAGAGAUAGGCGGAUGGCCGAAGCGGACUACAGAGAUACUCGAGAACGCUUGUCACCGGAUGAGUUCCACGGGCAACUUGCCACCGGUGCAAUCUCCAUCGCCAGUUUCGACAACUCCAAAAAAUACAGGGAGUGCAUGGCAAACUACCAAGCCAAGCGCGGAAGGAUCACUAGGGUAGAGAGAACGGCAUUCGAGGACGAGAGCGACUCUAUGGUCGAGCGAGUGCUGGCAGAGACUCAUAUCUUGUUCAGCAUCGCAAGUAAUUGCGGAGGGUCUCUGCUCGAAGGCUCCCGCUCCUUUGUGCCGACGGCCAUCUUCUGCGAUGAGACUGGCCACAUAUCCAUUCCCAGUCUCUGCGUACCACUCACGACGUUCGAGAAGUGGGAGGGUCUCUUCUUGUUUGGUGACAUCCAACAGCUCGAGCCCACGGCGCUGUCUGGGCAGUCCAAUGAAUUCUUCGCGAAUGCCAAAGUGUCACCACUGGCUUUACUUGCUAUGAAGGAUUUCCCCAGCUACCUUCUGGACAUGCAGUAUCGUAUGUGUCCAGCAUGCUCCGCGUUUCCGCGGUGGCAGUUCUACGACAACCAAGGUCUAAAGGAUUCCGCCGUGAUGAAAGAGGACAACGAUGUACGGAAAGCCAUGCGCGAGAUCACUCUUGGUAUGGGGGUCAAAGGAGACAAUGGCCAAGGGUCAGAGUACGUCGUUACCAACGUGGCAAAUGGUUGUUCGCGGGUCGAGCUCAACGGGACGUCCCUUGUCAAUUACGCCAAUGCCGAUGUUAUAGUCGGGAUGAUUGACCGCUUCCUUAUGAGCGGAACCAUCAAGGCUAGCAUGAUCAAGAUCCUCACCUACUACCAAGGACAGCGUCGCCUUCUUAGAAAAAAGAUCAGCGACAUGCGGUGGCCUAAGGCGAUCAAGGACGCCAUCGAGAUCUCUACCGUCGAUGCCUUCCAGGGUAGGGAGGCUCGCGUUGUUAUCGUCGACGUCGUCGCUGCAAAGGACAAGUACAAAGAUCCGACGACGAAGGAAGAGAGUGCAGCCGAGGAUGAGGAAGACAGAGGAGGCGAAGACUACAUCAAAGUGGGCACAGUCACUAGCCACGUGAGGAGUCCCAACCGUCUCAACGUCGCCCUCACUCGCGGUAAGGAUGCUACCUUCGUCUUCUGCCAAGCGGCACUGCUUGUGUCGACCAAUCGGAAGAAUCGCGGUAUACCGCACCCGCGGAGGACACACCACGCGGCCUAUCGCAAGCGCGAAUUGAUCUUGCCACGGAAGUGCUGCGAACCCUCCGCAAAUAAUACAAGCCACUUGGAUACCCUCUCUCCGUCUGAUGAGGAAGCCUCCUUGGCUACCGAAGCGGUCGAAGCGAAGAACCAGCGAAACCUUAAACUAGCGGUCAAUGCAUCUUUGAACUCCUCGAAGUUCCUUUUCCUCCCUCCCGCCAAAACCGCGGACACCUCGGCGCAACCUUCCGCAACGGACACCAAGGCCGACGAUAACGACCAGGAUGAUGCGCCCUCAGAAGGGAGCCGUGAGGUUCAUACAGACCCAGAGGACGAAGAAGACGAAGAGGCUGGGAGUGUUGGGGUUGGGGAAGAGAAUGAGAUGACGGACGCAGGCACCGGAGAUGAUUACCUUAGUUUAGCUGAGAAUUAG